AGUGAGAGGAGAGGCAGAAGGAGAACAGAGGACAAAAGAAAUCUUUUCAGUCUGGAUCACAGCAAACGUAUUGAGAUGCAGUGCCUCCAAGAUCAGGACGCACUCAUCCCUCAGCCUCGCGGGACUUUGCCUAAGGUGUGUGCUGCUGUGCUGGCUGCCAUAACAACAGGAUGCAUUGUGUUUCUGUCUCCUGAAAUGUUAUUUGGAUGGGUUGCCAUGGUAAUACUAAUCCUGACACUCGGCCCUCUGCUGCACGGGAUCUGUCUGCUAGCAGAGGAGAUGCUUUACCAUUCAAGUACAAGGUACCGAGGCCGAGGGCUGUUGAGCCACAUGCUGCCAGCCUGUGGUUUAGGGGGAAAGACCCUGCUGGCUGCAGGGCUGGCAGGCCUUCUGCUCUACCUGGCCGGAAAUCCUCUGCCACACAAAGACCAAUGCUGGAAACUCCUCUUCCUGGCCUCAGUUCUUUACGCACUGCUCAAAAGCCUGGGAGUCCUGGGUCCGUCGGAGGUGGAGGUGUCAGACAUCUGUGAGGGGAGGAAGAUGAACGUGGCCCACGGCCUGGCCUGGUCCUUCUACUUGGGCUACCUGCGACUGGUGCUGCCACGUUUGGAGGAGUCCAUUACAAGGUUUCGUGCCACCCAUCAGGCCAGCAGAUCCUCCUGGGGUCGUGGCUCCAGGAAACUCCUCAUCCUCAUACCUCUCAGCGCCAACAUUUCUCACAAGCUGGAGGAAGAGGACGACAAUAUCACUUUCUAUGACAACCUCCCCGACACUGAGAUAGACAGGGCGGGAGUCCGGAGGCGAGUCUUCAAGCACAGCGUCUACAGAGUAGUGGACGAGCAUGGAAAGGUCCGUGAGUGUGUUAUGGAGUAUGCAACGCCUCUGCUGACACUGUACAGCAUGUCCCAGGAGAGCAGCGCUGGUUUCGGGGAGCCUGAGCGCAGACAGCAGGUCUUGCUCUUCUACAGGACCCUGCAGGACAUACUGGAGCACUCGCUAGAGUGUCGCAACCGCUACAAACUCAUCCUGCUCAAUGAUGAGCAUGAGGACGACCCUCACUUCCUGUCCAAAGCUAUCCUCAGACACCUGCAGCAGCAGGAGAAAGAGGAGUUCUGCCUCACUCCACCUCCUCACCAGGAGAUAGGACAUCCGUUCAUGAGUACAUCAAGUGCCCCGCCAAGUGCUCCAUCUAUGAACCAGGUGCCAAUGAGCAGGGAGCCUACACUCAUGUUCAGCCUGGAGAAACCUAAGCCUCUGAGGGAACCUGUGGAGAGCACCGACCAUUAUCAAGGAAGAAUAUAAACAGAUGCUCAGGCACAGGCAGAGAUGAACAUAAAUGCACACAUCACACACGUCACAUCACACGCAUACACACUGUUCUCAUUCUUGUUCUGUACUAGAUUUAAACAAAAUAUGGUACACCUGUUUAUAUUUUCUGAUACGUGCAUUUUGUUGUAGGAUUAAUAAUAUCUGACUGUGUCUGAAUUCAUAGAUAUUAAAUAAAUUCAAACAUUUGCUUUGAAAAA